AUGGUAACUGCACACCCUUGUUCAUCUCUAGGACAACAGGAAACUACAUUUUACAUGGGUGGAGACCUGCAAAGGAGUGCAUGGUUUCAGGCAGGACAUCUGUUGCUCAUGCCCCCUCCUCCAAGCUGGUUCUCUUGGAGGGACAUAGCGUGCCGAGGGCCCUAGAGACACUAGAAGGGAGACUUCUAGCAUCAUGACGGCUUCAUCUAUGGCGCACACUGGAGGAAAGCACCACAGUGCAAAAGAGGAGAGGAAGAUUCGGAAGCCUCUAAUUGAAAGGAAACGCCGAGAGCGGAUAAACAAUUGUUUGGAUCAGUUGAAAGAGACCGUGAUCUGCGCCUUCAGACUUGAUCAAUCCAAACUGGAAAAAGCUGACAUACUUGAGAUGACAGUGAAACAUUUGCAAAAUAUCCAGAUGAAUAAACUCAAUGACCCUCUGGAGGCCCAGCAGAAAUACAGCAAAGGGUACCUCCAGUGCAUGCAUGAAGUACACAAUACACUCCUCACCUGUGAUUGGAUGGAUAAAACUCUUGGUUCCCGCCUGCUCAACCACCUCCUCAGAUCCUUACCAAGAUCUUCUGAAGAGCCCAUCCAACAGCCAGUAACUAGAAAUGAUGUCCCGACUCCGGUCAGUCAAGGCGGCAUACCUCCAAGCACAUCAACCAGAAGAGACACGAGGGAACAUCCCACCUACCAUGAGUCUGCAGUCAGCAGACGUCAAGAGAGAGCUGCACUCCAUGACUCCCACUUUAGGAUGCUGGAGAUGUGGCGGCCUUGGUGAUCCUCACAAUUUAAUCCACAUGUUGUUCGGCCAACUUCUGUUAUGUAUCUUAUAGAUAUGCUGCUCAGAAGGAAAACGUGGGGCAGUUUUGUUCCAGUCAAUAUUGUUUUAGACAUGCUAUAAUAAUUCUAUAAGUACCCUUGCUCAGUACUUCCCUUCUGAAGUUGAUUUCUUGUAGCCUGCAUUGUAGAAGGCCCCUAUUAAUCUUUCAAGUAUUUAUUGUAUUAACAUACUAUUUAUUUGUUAUUUUAAUGUAUCACUUUCAUUCUUUCACUUUCUUGGUAUUGCCUAGAUCUUUUUUAUUAUCUUUUGGGUGUAUUAAUAUGAGUGAUAAUAAAAUAUAUUAUUUACUGAG